AUGAAAUGGAAGUACAAAUCGAAUUUGAGAAAGCUUAUGAAGAGUCUGCUUGAAAAAGAUCCAUCGACAGUGGUAGUGAUGAAGGUCAUGACAAGUUGGGCGGUGGUUUGUCCGGUGGUGCCGAUGGGGAUGUUCAAACAGGGCAUCACAUCUGUCGAUAAUCCAGUCCUCAUUACCAGUUCAUCUCGUGCUCUCAUUAAAGGAGUUAUCCCCAAGUAUUUUAGCUUUGUGUGGUCGUUGGCUCAGUUCCGAUUGGUUGAAGGCUCUCAGUAUAUUGUUGCAUUUGGUCAUCAAAAGAACACAGUGGUGAUUCUUGGCUUAGAUGGAAGUUUCUAUAGAUGCCAAUUUGACCCAAAAGCUGGAGGGGAGAUGACUCAACUGGAAUAUCACAACUUUGUGAAGCCUGAUGACUCUUUCUAA